AUGAGAACCUUGAAGUGGGAUCCGUUGUUUAAUCUGAAAAAAGAGACGACCACUGCGAUAGCUUGGAUUUCUUUUCCUUCUCUUCCACCAAAUUUUUUUGGCAAAGAGGCAAUAUUUUCAUUAGCAGCGGCUGUAGGCAAACCAUUACAAGUGGAUAUGGCAACAAGGAAUCAAACGAGACCAAGUUGUGCAAGUGUUAAAGUGGAGGUAGACUUGUUAAGAGAGUUCCCAAAAAGAAUUAAAAUUGGUAUGAGGAUGAAGACUGAUGAGGUGGUGGAAAAGUGGAUGAAAAUCAAAUACGAUUAUGUUCCCAAAUACUGUCAGACUUGUAUGAUCCAAGGGCAUGAUGAAGAACAAUGCUAUGUUGUUCACCCUGAUUUGCAUCCAAAUAGGGAGAAAUCAGAAUACGAUGAAGGCAAGAAGGUGGAAGGCAAGCACAUCAGAAAUACAAACAAAGAUAAUGACACAAAGGAAAAGGAAAGUGAACAACAUCAUGGGAGAAAAAAAGAUGAAUUCGUGGAACAAAAACAUAGAAAAUGGGGGGGAGCUGGAAGAAAUAAAGAACCUGUGAAAGUGUGGAACAAAGUGGGAAUUGCAAUCGGGAAUAAGUUUAACUUGCUGGAUUCAAGGAACCUGGUUCGAGGGGAAGAUCAGAUAAUGGAAAGGGUGAAUGAAAAAGAGGCAGAACAGAAGAGUGUACAGGCCAAAGUAAAUUCCCCUGGGAGGCAAAAUAGUAAUAACAAAGAACUGGAGGAAAAUACUUCUAACAAAGCCUUGAUGGAGCCUUUUCAAAAUCCAUCAGUGCUAGAACAAUAUAAAAUGAAACUAGGUUUUGACAAGGCGGCAUCAAAUUGUAAUGGCAAAAUCUGGUACUUUUGGAAAGAUGAGUGGAUGGGUAGUAUAUUGUUGGACACUAUUCAACAAGUUACUAUCCAAUUCAAACACAACAAUAAGGAGUUUAUUAUAUCGGUUGUGUAUGCAAUGUGCAAUGCUUCAGAGAGACUUGAGUUGUGGGAGGAGUUAGAGAGUAUAGUGGAGAGAGUGCAAUGUCCUUGGAUUAUUGAGGGAGAUUUUAAUGUCAUUUUAAAUGAGGAGGAAAAGCUGGGAGGUUUAGAAUUUUCUCCCAAUGAAGCAAUUGAUUUUGCAGCUUUUAUUAGUAGUGGUGCACUUUCUGAAUUCAAGAAUAUAGUAGAGGAGAACUGGAAGGUUGAUUUUGCUGGAAAUCCAUUUAUCGAAUUCCAUGCAAAAUUGAAAAAGGUAAAGAAAGAGCUGUCAAUUUGGAGUAAAGAGGUGUUUGGUGAUAUUUUUCAACAAAUUGCCACGAUUGAGGACAUCAUUAAGGUGAAAGAGGCGCAGUUGGAGAUACAACAUUCAGCAACUAAUAGAGCCGAACUAAGCAAGGAGGAAGCAAAAUUAAAAAAAUUCUUGAAAUUGGAGGAGGAUUUUUGGAGACAGAAAGCGGGAAUGAAGUGGUGCAUGGAUGGAGAUAGGAAUACAAAUUUUUUCCACUCGUUUGUCAAGGGUAGAAGAAAGAAAUUACACAUUGCUGAGAUGAUCACAGAGCAAGGGGUGACACUGAGUACUAAUGAUGAAAUUAGGGAGGCAGCAGUUCAAUUUUACAAGGAUCAAUUUUCUGAAUUUUCUGAAGAGAGAAGGGUAGAGGAGUAUUCAAUGCUGGAACAUAUUCCUAAGUGCAUAACCAAUGCAGAAAAUGAAGUAAUGACAAUGCUUCCUGAUUAA